UUGUGAGAGUGGUGCAUACACAUACAUACGCAGAAAUAUUGAAAGAUAAGAUGGGUUCCAAGGAAGUAGCCAAUGAUAAGCCUCAUAUCGUUUGCAUUCCCCUUCCAGUUCAAAGCCACAUAAAGGGAAUGCUCAAAUUUGCUAAACUCCUCCACCGUAGAGGCGUUCACAUAACCUUUGUCAACACUGAGUUCAAUCACAACCGUUUCCUCAAGUCUCUAGGACCCAACUCCCUCGACGGCUUGCCCGAUUUUCGGUUUGAAACCAUACCAGAUGGCCUUCAAAGUUCAGAUGAAGAUACCACUCAAAAUGUGGCUUUGCUUGGUGAGGCCGUCAGAACAAAUUUCUUGGCUCCAUUUCGUGACCUCCUAAAAAAACUGACUCAAUCAUCAACUUCCCACAAUGAUAUUGUUCCAGCGAGUCACAUUGUUUCGGAUGGUUGGAUGGCUUUCACCGUCACGGCGGCUGAAGAAAUGGGAAUCCCUGUCGUACUCUUCUUCACUAUUUCUGCAAGCAGCUUGAUGGGUUUCUAUCAAUUUCCUACUUUGGUGGAGAAGGGACUUACCCCUCUCAAAGAUGAGAGCUGGCUAACAAAUGGCUUUCUGGACCAGGUCAUAGAUUGGGUUCCAGGAUUUAAAGGUAUAAGGUUAAGGGAUCUCCCAAACAACUUUAUCACAACAAAUCCUAAUGAAUCACUAGACUUCUUCUUUGACGCAAUUGAAAGACUUGGUAAAGGAUCAGCAAUUGUUCUUCAUACUUUUGAUGAAUUGGAGCAAGAAGUUUUGGAUGCUCUCUCAUCCAUGUUUCCACGUGUUUAUGCAAUUGGUCCUCAACAGUUACUUCUUAAUCAGAUACCGCAGCACCCUCUGAAGGCCAUGGGAUAUAGUCUAUGGAAAGAAGAAACGGAGUGCCUUCAAUGGCUAAACUCCAAGGCACCAAGUUCUGUCGUUUAUGUGAAUUUUGGAAGUUUAGCAGUCGUGACAACUGAACAACUUGUUGAGUUUGGUUGGGGACUAGCAAAUAGUAAGCUUCCCUUCUUUUGGGUAAUUAGACCCGAUCUUGUUGCUGGUGAAUCGACAAUUUUUCAACUUGAGUUUUUCGUGGAGACGAAGGAAAGAGGUCUAAUAGCAAGUUGGUGUCCACAAGAGCAAGUGCUUGAGCACCCAUCAGUCGGAGGGUUUUUAACGCAUUGCGGUUGGAAUUCAACGAUCGAGAGUCUAUCUGCAGGUGUGCCUAUGCUAUGUUUUCCAUGCUUUACUGACCAGCAAACCAACUGUUAUUGUAUUUGUAAUAAAUGGGGUAUCGGCAUGGAGAUAAGUAAUGGUGCCAAGAGAGAUGAAGUAGAGAAGCUUGUUAUAGAAUUAAUGGAAGGAGAGAAAGGCAAGCAACUGAAAAUUAAGGCCAUGGAGUGGAAGAAACUGGCGGAAGAAGCCACUACUCCACAUGGUUCAUCAUCCACAAACUUGGACAAUUUUGUGAAUCAAGUGCUUCGAAGAAAAAGCGAAGAUGUCAUAUGUCUAUGAUAGUUUUGUCAAGUCUCUAGUGGACGCUACAUUGUUUUUCUUCUUAUAAGUGUAAACGCAAUAAAGAUGAAAAGAAAAACGUAUAGAAAGUAAUGUUAUAUUUGUGGGGUACGUAAAAUCUCUGUGUCCUCUUUUAAAUAGAAAUUCUUCGGUUUCGAUCGCCAA